UCGAAUAACCUAAACUCAAACAAAACAUGGCUAAAUUCAUGCAAAUCCUUUUCGUUGCCUUCUUGGCCAUUGCUUUGGUCUCCGCUGAGGCACCCCGCAGACGUUUCCAAGGAAGACGCAACCGUUUCUUGGCCCGUCAAGAAGUGGCUGAGGAGGCUGUCACACCCUAUCCAUCAGCUGAUGAAUUGAAACCCGAAGUGCCAUUCAAUGAAGCUGAAGCUCCCGAACAAAUUACUCCCAAUCAACCCGAUGAAGUCUAUGGUCCUCCAGAACAGGAUUUGCCUGCCGAAACUGAUGAUAUUGUCCCAACUGCCGAAGAGGAAGAAGAGGAAGCCGUUGCUGUCGCUGAGGAAGAAGAAGCUGUUGCUGCUGAAGAAGCCGCUGCCGCCGAAGAGGAAGAAGCUGUUGAAUCUGCCCGCUUAACUGCCCGUCGUGCUGGUGCUCGCCGUUUUGCUGCCCGUCCCGCUAAAUUGCGCAAAGCUGCUCCAGCUCGUCUCCAACGUCCUUUCGUUGCCCAGCCCGUCUUCUUCUAUGUAGCUCAAUAAGUUUUGAGAGAUUCUAACUAAACUGUCUCAGACUGACAUCAUUUUUAUUGUUUCCAUAAAUUAAGAUCGCAAUUAGCCCUGUUAACAUUUGUUUAGGUUAUUAAUUACAAAAUACUAAUCUGU